CGACCCGACGCCCACCAUGAGCAACCUUUUCGAAGCAAAGGUCAAGAGCGUGCUUUCUGGCGAUACCGUCGUCCUCCACAACAUCAAGGACCCAAAAGCAGAGCGCACACUGAGUCUAGCCUUUGUAUCAGCGCCACGGUUGAGGCGAGAGGGAGACGAGCCCUUUGCUUUCGAGUCACGCGACUAUCUUCGCCGCCUGCUCGUCGGCAAGGUUGUACGCUUCCAGGUGCUGUACAAGAUCCCCACGGGCGCGAACCGCGAAUAUGGCCUCAUCGUCACACCAAACAAGGAGAUACUACCGCAACAAGCCGUCGCCGAAGGCUGGCUAAAGCUGCGCGACGACGCUGGCCGCAAGGAAGACUCGGACGAAGCGGCGAAUCUGCUCGAGAGACUCCAAGUAGACGAGGCACGCGCCAGGGCGGAUUCCAAGGGCAUCUGGGCGGAAACGGGCGGUCGCAUCAACGUGUCUUCAGAGCUGAGCGACCCGAGCAAAUUCGUCGAGCAGCACAAGGGCAAAGACAUUGACUCGAUUGUCGAAAAGGUGCUGUCUGGUGACCGCCUGAUUGUGCGUCUCGUCCUUUCACCCACCGAGCACGUCCAGACCAUGGUUCUCCUCGCAGGCAUCCGCGCACCAGCAACACAGCGAACGAAUCCCUCGGAUGGCAAGGUACAACCGGCCGAGCCAUUUGGUGACGAGGCGCAACAAUUCGUCGAGGCUCGAUUGCUCCAGCGAGGCGUGCUCACUCAAGUGCUCGGCACUACGCCCAACGGCCAGCUUGUAGCAGAUGUCAAGCACCCUACCCAGGGCAGCAUCACACCGUUCCUGCUCAAGAAUGGUCUCGCCAAGUGCACCGACCACCACACCACACUCCUCGGCCAGCAGAUGGGCAUACUGAGGGGGGCUGAGAAGCAGGCAAAGGACGCUCGGUUGGGUGUGUACAAGGAGCACGUUGCGCCAAAGGUCACCAGAGCGGGCGAUCAAGAAGCCACCGUCAGCCGGAUUCAGAGCGCCGACACUCUUUUUCUGCGGAAUAAGGCGGGUGCAGAGAAGCGCAUCAACCUCAGCAGUGUCCGUCAACCAAAGCCCACUGACCCCAAGCAAGCGCCAUGGGUGGCCGAGGCCAAGGAGUUCCUGCGCAAGAAGCUCAUUGGCAAGCACGUCAAGUUCCACGUCGACGGAAAGCGGCCAGCUACCGAUGGCUACGAUGAGCGCGAAAUGUGCACCGUUACCUACCAGGGCAAGAACAUUGGUCUGAUGCUGGUCGAGAGCGGUAUGGCGUCAGUCAUCCGCCACCGACAGGAUGACACCGACAGGAGUCCCAUCUACGAUGACCUCCUGCUGGCUGAGCAAGCCGCGCAAGACGAGAAGAAGGGCCUGUGGUCGGACAAGGCGCCGUCUGCUAAGCAGUACGUCGACUACUCGGAGUCGCUCGAAAAGGCCAAGCGCCAACUCACCCUUCUCUCUCGCCAACGCAAGGUACCCGCCAUUGUCGACUUUGUCAAGUCUGGAUCGCGCUUCACUGUCCUUGUACCCCGAGAGAAUGCCAAGCUCACCUUUGUCCUCUCUGGCAUUCGUGCGCCUCGAUCAGCGCGAAACGAGAACGAAAAGGGAGAGCCUUUCGGAAAAGAGGCACAUGAGUUCGCUAACCGACGCUUGCAGCAGCGAGACGUCGAGAUUGACGUCGAGGACUGCGACAAGGUUGGUGGCUUUAUCGGUACCCUGUACAUCAACCGCGAGAACUUUGCAAAGACGUUGGUCGAGGAGGGUCUCGCCACUGUUCAUGCUUACUCGGCGGAAAAGUCUGGUAACGCCAACGAGCUGUUUGCGGCUGAGCAAAAGGCCAAGGACGCACGCAAGAACUUGUGGCAAGACUAUGAUCCUUCGCAAGAAGAGGAUGACGAGGCUGUCGAGGCUACUGAGCCUACCAACGGUGAUGCUGCCCCGUCAACAAAGGCAGACUACCGCGAUGUCAUGAUCACACACGUUGAGAAUGACGGCAGACUUCGACUCCAGCAGAUCGGCAGUGGCACCUCGGCACUGACAUCGCUCAUGGACGCCUUCAGCAAGUUCCAUCUCAACCCGACCAACAGUGCUGGCCUGUCUGAGCCCCCCAAGGCUGGUGAGUUUGUCGCAGCCAAGUUUACCGCCGACGACCAGUGGUACCGUGCGCGCAUCCGACGCAACGACCGUGAGAACAAAAAGGCCGAGGUUGUCUACAUUGACUAUGGUAACUCUGAGAUUAUCCCGUGGUCACGCCUGCGCCCCCUUUCACAGCCUCAGUUCUUGCCAUCAAAGCUCAAGCCACAGGCUGUCGAGGCACAGCUGGCCUACAUCCAGCUUCCUGGCAACUCAGAGUACCUCCAAGAUGCGGUGGAUUUCAUCUCGCAAGAGACGGCCGACCGUGAGCUCGUUGCCAGGGUCGAGGCUACCGAAAAGGACGGCAUGCUCUGGGUCACGCUGUACAACCCCAGCCAGAGCAAAGACGGCACAGAAAGCAUCAACGCCGACAUCCUGAGCGAGGGUCUCGCCAUGGUCCCCAAGAAGCUGCGGCCAUUUGAGCGCAGUGGCGGACAGAUUCUAGCUGCCUUGAAGAAGAAGCAGGAUAUCGCCAAGGAGGAGCGCCGCGGCCAGUGGGAGUACGGCGAUCUUACCGAGGACUAAGUGUCGAAUUACCAGGAGUUAGGGACGAGUUGGUGUAGGAAUAAAACAUUGGGAAAACAAAAAGCAGCCGAAUGAUAGGGUCAAAAGGACCUCGGGGCAUUGCAUAACGAUUGUGUAAUAUAAAAAUGCAUCUUUUGAAU